UCCCCAUCUUUUUCUCUCUCUAUCUCUCUCUCACUCUCUCUAUCCAUUAGUUAUGUAUAGCUCUCUCUCAAUAUGAAGACUCGUAGAGAGGCUCGCGUUUCAAUGGAAACCCGAUUCCCAGCGCUCUUUUGAUCCUCAAUUGUCUCUUUAAACGCCAAUACAUUUGAUAUUAUGUUUGUCUCAUCAGCUUUUCGUACAAAUUAGUGAUUAAGCGUUAGAAUUGUAUUUCAAAAGUGAUUUUUAUGCCUAAUCUCUAAAAAAUAUUAAUUACAAUAAGUCUUAAGUUAUCGCUGUUUUCGCAGUUGUGUGUCAUUUGUGGUGAUAUUUAUCUCACGUCAUAACCAAAUCCAUGUAUUCAUCGGUGGCAUCAGUGGUGAUGGUGCCAGCGGUGGCCAUUCCUCGACAACUAUAGCAAUAUUUAUAAAUCAUUACACAUAAUGUCACUCAAGAGUGGUCUCAGUCUGUCGGAGAUCCCGAGGGACGACAUCCACGGCGUGUUCCGGACGCUGGAGUCGCCUAAAGUGAGCCGUCGGCGGUUCAGCGACGACCUCAGCGCCCACUUCGACGCCGACACCUUCGACGUCGAGCCCUUCGACAAAGGAAUGCUAUGCAUUAAGGAAGAGUUGACACAAAUAAGUCUAACCCUUCCGCGGGUCCACCAAAACAACGGCAAAUGUGUUGCACUCACUCUCCAGACGAAGAACGAGCCGCAGCUCAUCAUCAAUAACAUCCACAACAGUCCCGCCAUCGGCCACAGCGUCAGCAACGGCUCGCUGAGCCAAUCGUUGCCCGAUUUGCUGAACGAGAGUGGCGUCAAAGAAGUGCCCAAUCGGCUGGACAUCGCCUUCAACCCGGAGAUGGCCAUCACUCCGAACACGCCGUUCGCGGGCGCAGUGAUCGCCACGACGCCCACCCAAAUGGGGUUCGCCGGGCCCAGCAAUGCCAGCUCCGGGGCCACCGCUAAGCGCCAGUGGAGUAUCAACGGCUUCUUCGGCUGCUUCCGCACCAUUUGGAACGCGUUGGACAAGUCGGCCGACAAACAGCACAAGUCGGACGACUGGGAGAUCCCGUUCGAGAACAUCCGCGACUUGGAGUGGUUGGGCAGCGGCGCCCAGGGGGCCGUCUUCAUGGGCAAACUCAACAGCCAAUUGGUGGCCGUCAAGAAGGUGAAGGAGAGGUGCGAGACGGAGAUCCGGCACCUCCGCAAACUCAAUCACCCCAACAUCGUGGCGUUCAAAGGCGUGUGCACUCAGACGUCCAACUGUUACUGCAUUGUCAUGGAGUACUGCCCGUACGGACAGCUGUACGACCUGCUCAAGAGCGGCAAACGGGUGCCGCCCGGGAAGGUCGUCGACUGGGCGCUGCAGAUCGCGUCCGGCAUGAACUACUUGCACGUCCACAAGAUCAUCCACCGCGACCUCAAGUCGCCCAACGUGCUCAUCACCUACAACGAUGUGCUCAAGAUAUCGGACUUCGGCACCAGUAAACAGUGGAACGACAGGUCCACCAAAAUGUCGUUCAAGGGAACCGUGGCUUGGAUGGCACCGGAAGUGAUUCGCAAUGAGCCCUGUUCUGAGAAAGUGGAUGUUUGGAGUUUCGGUGUCGUGCUCUGGGAGCUCAUGAACUGCGAGAUACCGUACAGGGAUGUGGACUCGUCGGCCGUCAUAUGGGGCGUCGGCAACUCGUCCCUAACGCUACCCAUACCUACCAAAUGCUUUCCCGAAGGCUUUCAACUACUUAUGAAGCAGUGCUGGAACGCCAAGGCCAGGAACCGGCCCUCAUUUAAGAACAUCAUUAUGCAUAUAGAGAUCGCCGCCAACGAGUUGGUCAACAUUCACGCCGAGGACUACUUUAAGCUGCAAAUCGAUUGGAGGGAUGAGAUCCAGAACUGUUUGGUGCGUAUGAAGCGCAACGGUCGGCGCGAUAUGUCCACCGAUGACGAGGCGGAGCUCAUUAAGAAGCGGAAGGACGAGCUGAGCCACGCGCAGGACAUCCGCGAGCAUUACGAGCGGAAGCUGGAGAGGGCUAACAACCUGUACAUGGAGUUGACGGCCUGUAUGUUGCAGUUGGAGCAGAAGGAGAAGGAACUGAUCCGCAGGGAGAAGGUGUUGACGGGUGGCAGGGCUCACAAGCGACAGAUUGUCGGACCACUACUUCAAGCGGCCCACGAGAGGAUCAGCAAUAGCCGGAGGGGUUCCUAUAGGCCCGACCAACCCAUUGAACUUCAAAGUCCUGCCAAACAAGCGUCUAAUGAGUGCAUAUCGUGUCACGGGUCGGCCCGCUCUAGGAUUAAGCGCAACCGUCAGAGGCGUAGUAUUAACGGACAGACAGCCGUUGCUCAUUAUCACAGCCCGGCCAACAACCCGGCGCUGAGUUCGCCACUCAAUAACAAUUACAUCACUUAUAGCCCGCGUCCGAGUCCUCUGCAGGAGAGGAAGAGCUUUGUCGACACCGAAACGCAAACCGAUUACGUGUUCAGUGAAUCCGAUUUAGUGAGCCCUUCGUCGUCGACACUGUCGCCCAUGUCUGCCAUCGGACGGCCGGUGGAGACGGUCAUCGAGAUGGGCGACAACGACAUCAAUAACGGCAUCAUUCGAGGCAUACCGAAGACCAGCACCACAUCCACCUUCGACUCCGGGUUUGACUCUCAGAGUUGUCUGUCGACGCCCACCGCACGGACAGCCGGCGGCCAUCACGACAGGAGUCCAGUGACGCCCAUAUCCGGCAAAUCGAGUUCAGUCGAGACGGACACCGAAGACUCGAACCGAACCAAACUGAAGACGCGCUCAACAAAUAUCACUCAAAACACUGUUCCGAGUCUCAGCUCUAUCGACGAGAACGGCGUUAACAGCAAUACAGGCGCUCCCCUACCGGCGCCGAGCGACCAGUUCUGCGACGUGGCUAUCGUCCGGAGGGGAAGUGUCACGUGUCAGCGCAGGUUCGGCGGCACCUGUAUGUCCGACUUUAAUAAGAUAGCACACAAGUCGCCGCCAUAUAUGGGUCAACGGCCUGUCCUACAGCACGCCGGCAGCAAUAUAUCGAUUGUGUCGCACAGCUCGAGCUCCGGAAGCGAAGAGGAGGGCGCCGUCGAUAGCGACGACUACUGCGGCAGUCAUCCGUCUCACCACAAACGGAAAGGGUUGGCGCAGCACCUGAGCCAACACCGGCUCAGCGGGCAAUCCAUUUCCACUCUGAGCUCAGACGGAAACCUGAGCGACGAAGAAGAGGGCAAUACUAGUGAAUACUCGAGUAAUCAAAACGAUAUGAUCUCUAGUCUGUCGAACCCGGACCUGACGAACGCUAACUUAGACAACAGUCCCGUCAGCGCCAGCGCCGCCAACAGCGUCGGCAAUAGUGAUAGCAAAAAGCUGCCAUCGACUCCGCACUCACUGUCUUCGACAAACACGACGACAACCAACUCAGACACGGAUGACGUGUCCAACGUUACGGUCGCCACGUCUUACCUGGUGGUCCACAACCCAUCCCACUAUCCCUCCUAUAACCUCAAUAACAACAACAACGACAACCAGACCAACACAUCCCACACCACCACCUCAUCCUCGUCCCAAUCGCAGCCAUCACAACCACAGCAACCAAAUAACGUCACGAGUGAGACCACCGUUUGGUGAUAUAUCGUAGCAUACAAUGGAUGACCUCAAAGAAGUUUGCGUCUCAGGCUUUUGGACUCUAUUUGUAUUAAACGUCUCAUAAAUUUAUAUAUAAUUAGCUCACAAUUAGAGGCAAACAAAACCGCAAAAUGCAUAAUAUUUUCUCCACAUAUGUGUACUUUCAAUACAAAACACGAGAACAAUACAUUCCAUAGUGUGAUGAUGACUAUCCGGGUGAUCAAGUCCUCUGAUUUUUUACCACCGCUUUUCAUCGACCCACUCAUACGAUGAACUGUUGGUUUACCACAAAAAAGUCUUUGGAUCUAAUCAUUCAAUUAUACAAAUAUUCAAACAAUACAGUAGUGUUAACACGAAUAGUAUUGCUUUGCAUUCCAGUACUACCGAGUCUAUCAUUAAUUUAAGAUUAAAAGUACUUUUUUCUAUGAUUUUGUAGGAUAUUUUAAUUUUGAAUUAUUUUUUUAGACUUUAUUUAUACGAUAAGAAGUUCCCCUGACAUUAAUGAAGUGAAAUAUUAUAUACACCAAGUAUCCAAUACACUACAUAAGCUAUAAUAUAACA